AUGUCGAUAGCCUAUCCAAAUCAAUAUGUGAUGUUGCAGCAAUAUCCUCGCAGGCAAAGCAGAGACUAUCUGCUGAAGAAAAAUGGAAAAAUAAAGGUAGCAAGAACGAAAGAACUCAAUGGUUUUCUGAGUUACAGUGAAGUGAUCAAGAAACAAACCUAUACUUACGCAGUUAAAGCAUGGCUAGGAUCACGUGAGACGUUCUUUUCCCCAUCUUUGAAAUAUCUGCAUGGAAAUGAGACUUGUGGAGAUGGGAAGAUUUCUAGAUCGAGCGGAGAAGAAUGUGACGAUGGAAACUUGGUUGAUGGGGAUGGUUGCAGUAAGCAAUGUAAAGUGGAGAAAUACUUUCUCUGUCGAGGUAUUCCAAGUUCCUGUUACUGGUAUAAAGGAGAUGGAGUGUGUGAACAUUUUGAACAAUUUUCUAAUCCUCGUGACUGCGGAUUUCACACUCCUUUGGGUUUCAGAGACCAAUGGGCUUCAGAAGUGAAAACAAAUGAGCCGCAUACCCUUCAAUGCUCUCCUCAAGUAAUUAUAGGUCCUCCGGCGAAACCAGGGAUAUGUGAAGCUUCUCCAAACACCUCCCACUCGUGGUAUCCUUGUGAUGGAGUUAAUAACAAUGAUUUCUGGCUACAAGCGUUAUUUUCAGACACAGUGGUUGCAACAUCAGUGUCCAUUUAUUUUUCUUCUGACGGAAUUUCUGCCAUUAGUCACGAUUCUUCUGAAUUAACAAUAGAACUUUUGGACACCGAAGGAUCCAGUCACUUGAUGGGUAAAUUCUUUUUGUCUUGUGACAGGAAUCCUUUAGAAGUGCCCUGGUUUCAGGACCUGAGCCAGCCUUUCUUCCAUACAAAAGCCGUGAAAAUUAGCUUCGUGAAUUCCAGAAUAGCAGUUAGUGGAAUCCUCUUGCGUUCAUCUAGAUUCCUGGAUCCCAUCGCUCUCUCCCAGUGUUUGCCAAGGCAACUUUAUAGUCCUACGCUACGUAGAUGUGUAGAUUACCUGUGUCAGAAACCACGAUGUCAACAACCUUUGGUAAAGAACGCUUUUUUAAACUGUACGGGCUACGAGGACGGAGAUGUAUGUAGAUGGUAUUGUGAGGAUGGCUACGUUGCUUUUUCUACAGACAAAUCAAUCACUUGCAAUGAUGGAGAAUGGACAGGCGAGCCCAUUCUUUGUAAACCACUAGACUGUGGAUUUCCCAGAAUACCUCACGCUGAUGCAGGGUGUCCUGAAGGAACGACGUUUGGGAAACAGUGUAAUUUCAAAUGUCGACCACCAGCUAGAUUAAAAGGUGACGACGCCCUGUCAGCUGUUAGCUGUUUGAAAACAGGUCAGUGGUCUUCACCGACUAGUGAGUGCCAAGUGACUUGUGUGGCGCCCUCACCUCCAACACAUGCCGUCCUAAUUAGUCAGCAGUGUAAAAUAACUGACAGUUUCCAGUACGGGCAGCGAUGCUGGUAUCGAUGCAAGCUGGGCUAUCAUGUUUCUGGCUAUUCAGAACGAAGCCAAUAUCUGCGGUGUGGUGAUCGAGGAGUGUGGUAUGGGCCACACUGUGUUCCAGAUAGCUGUCCUCCAAUGCACGCUAUGUACUCUGGAGUAUAUAAUUGCACAAAUGGUUUCCUGUACGGCAGUGAGUGUACGUUUUAUUGCCCUAAUAGAAAGCCAACUGUUAGACGCUGUGAAGUGGAUGGAGUAUGGAACGAACCUUUUCCAUUGUGUUCUCCUGGUGGUGGUUUUUGCAAAAAGCCAAAACCUGAACAAAAAGGUGUCGAGUUUCAUUGUGAUGGAGUCAUUAUUGGUGGAGCUUGCAAUGUAUCUUGUCAAACCUAUGACCACCAACUGACGUUAGAGACAGCAGACAAAUAUAUCAAGUUUGAUGAGCAAAAAAUUACAUGUACUGCCCGGCAAAGAUGGUACCCUGAUCCAUCCUCCAUCUUCUGUGUGGAAAAAUGUAAAGAGAUGUUCAUAGGUGACAGCUACUGUGAUGGCAUUAACAACAGAGAACUUUGCCACUGGGAUGGUGGUGACUGUUGUCAAUCCACGGUGAAGGGUCAUGAGGUGAAACCGUUUCCUGCUCACUGUAAAACGGAUUGUCGUUGCUUAGAUCCGAAUGCUGUAGAGAACAACCGAGAUACUGACAAAAAACAGAGUAAAGAAUUUGUAACGAAAAGGCGCUACAGACAUGGAGGGUAACAGCAGCUAUCCUUAUGGUGUCGGGAUUUCAUGUUGGAAACUUUAAGUCACGUUCCUAAGACAAAAUCUCUGUGAGUAAAAAGCUAAUAUACCAGAUAAUAUUGUUUUAAAACUUUGAUCAGAGUAUUGAAAAUACAUUAUCUUAAUUCUGUAAAACAUGAAUAUUUCUUCACUUGAAACUAAUGAGAUUUAGUCACAUAGAGGUUUGAAGGGACUGCAGAUUCGAUAAAAAAUAGAUAUUAAUUGCCAUCAUGUCCAACCGACACAACAGUAACUUAGUCCAUAAGAAAAUUGUUAACACUAACAACUACGGAAAUUAACGACUAUAUA